GAGAUUACGCAAAGUUUUUUUCAAGUUGGUGGUUUUCCUUGUGCCAUUGGGGGUAUUGACGGUACUCACGUUAGAAUAACUGCCCCUCAGGAAAAUGAACCAGACUUCGUGAACCGGAAAGGAUUUCACUCCAUCAAUGUCCAGGCAAUAUGCAACCUUUGAGGUAAGCUAAUAUCUCUAACUCUUAUUGGUUUAGAAAUUAAUUAUUGGUUUAGAAAAGGACAACAUGUCUGUUUAACCCUAAGCUUUACUGUGCAUACUAUCUCAUGUGUAUAACAGGAAUUUUUCUAUCCUAAAUGUGGACAUGAAAGCUGUUGGAACUUUGCAUCUUAUGUGCAUGUAAUGCUUUUCUGUCACAUUAGGAGCAGUGUGUGACAGAAUGGCUUAAAUACAACAUGUGAUCAAACAUAUGAUCAGGAGAUUCACUCAGAUGCAAUGUAUGAUGUAAAAAACUGAUUGAAAUUGAUUCAUAUGAUUAGGUGGUCGAACUGUGUGAUCACCCAUUUAAUUCUAUAGCUAUCAGGUGUAAUCGAUUUUGGUUACAAACGAGUAUUGAGUCUUCGAAUGGUGACAUGAUACCAACUGAAAUAUUCUUCGGCGAUCACUGAAUGUGUUGGUUUGAGCGCUGGAGUAAAGCAUUACAGAGCAUUUUAUCGCUGGGUAAAAUUGCUUCUUGACGUGUUAGUUACAAACUCAUAGUUCAUCACUAACAGCAGUCCCGUUGUGAACACCCUUUGUCUUCUUCAAUUGUUUUCAUAGUUUGUUUUUCUUUGCCUAAUGAAUGAUUUACACAUUAACAAUCUUUAUGUUUAGACAUAGGGAUGAAGAGAGGUUUGGCAUUCUCAUGGGAAUACCCAGAUCAGUCUGUCCAUCCUACCUUCAAAUUCGAUCAUUCACACACUUUAUGCUCAUCGCACUCAGUUCUGGCUAAAGUGUUUGCAUGUAAUUUUGUAUUUUGAUCUCUGGUUAUCUAUUUUGUCAAUAAUUCAAUAAACUGAAUGGAAUCAUGUUAGUAUAUUAGUAUAUUAUUCUAGUUGCAAUUUCUUGGUUAUCAGACAACGACUCCGCUGUGUGCUACGAGAUAACUCCUGCUGGCUAUAAACUGUUACACUGCCCUAGGGGUUGAUUGCCCUCUUGUUCAGAGAUAACAUCAAUCGAAACUGUUUCAAGGAUUUCCUUUGAAUCUUCUUUUGACUACGCUUUCGAUUGGCAAUCAUCUAUCGACCGCCGUACUCUGUUAAUCAUCCUGUGACUGUGAACAGUUUUAUUGACGAAUUUUCUGAGUACCUUGAAUCUAAGCUGGUUGAGACUGUUGUUGCCAAGCAGCUACAGCAUUAUCUGAAUGGCAACAAUCUGUUCCCAGUGUUUCAAUCCGCCUAUCGACAGAACCACAGCACAGAAACUGCACUCCUUAAGGUUAUGAAUGAUAUUCUCCUUAACAUGAACAGUCAACGUGUUACUCUGCUUAUUCUGCUCGAUUUAAGUGCUGCCUUCGACACAGUUGAUCACGACACCAUGCUACGUCGACUUGAGUCAUCAUUUGGUAUACAUGGGAAAGCCCUCUCCUGGUUUACGUCCUAUUUGUCUGGUAGAACUCAACGGAUAAUGAUUAACGAUUCGCUGUCGGAAAGGUUCCUGUCUGGGUCCGUUAUUGUUUUCGUUGUAUACGAGCAAGCUUUUUGAGAUCAUUGAAUAUCAUUUACGAUUCAUUGUUACGCUGACAAUUCUUAAACUGAAUGGAAUCAUCAGAGACAUUCGUCUUUGGAUGUUGAAUAAUGAUCUUAAAUUAAAUGACGACAAGACUGAAUUCCUUAUCAUUGGCACAUCACAACAGCUGGGAAAGCUCGACAAUAUCAGUAUACGUGUGGGCGACUCAGACAUACAUCCCGUGCCAAUUAUGAGAAAUCUUGGUUCCUGGUUUGAUUCAAGGCUCUCCAUGGCAACACACAUCACGAAAAUUUGUGCCUCUUCAUUUUACUACAUUUAUAAUAUUCGUCGGAUCAGAAAGUACCUUUCACAGCAGUCAACGGAAACUCUUGUCCAUGCAUUUAUAACGAGCCGCCUGGACUAUUGCAAUGGCCUAUUAUAUGGACUACCGGACUGCUUGUUGAAUAAGCUGCAACGAGUACAGAAUGCUUGUGCCAGAUUGAUUCUUAAAGAACAGAGAUUUUGUCAUAUUACGCCCUUAAUUUUUAAGUUACACUGGUUACCAAUUAGAUAUAGAAUUGAGUUUAAAAUAUUGUUGAUUACUUUUAAGAUUCUUAAUUUUUUUAGCCCCUUCUUAUCUAUCCUCUCUUUUUUCCUUAGACCCCCCCUCCAAAUAUAAUUUAAGAAAUUCCAGUGAUAAGCUUUUACUUAGCCAUCCAUCAUUUAAAUCGAAAGCUACACUGGGGACCGUGUUUUUUACCUGUGCUGCUCGAAACUAUGGAACGAACUACUUUUUUUUUUUUUUUUUUUUUUUUCUCGUUUCUUAAAAUUAUUGUAAGUCUAUUUUAAUGAUAAUUUUUAAUCUUGUAAUGCGCAUUUGAACAUUUUAUGGAAUUUGCGCACUAUAAAUUUUUAAUAUUAUUAUUAUUAUAUUGUCAAGAAGGCUAUUCAUUUCGACAAAAUAAAUUAAGUGAUCCCACGAUAACUGCUCACAAUUUAGGGCCUAUGUGUAUGCUCACAUUGUGAUAAUUUUUUACGGGAAUACAGUUUUGGAUUAGGAAGACACAUACAGAAAUACUAUGUAGCUAAGCUGUAUGAAAAUUAUGUUUACUGGGAAUGUUGUGUUGGAAAAAAACAUUUUUAUUGAAUACAAUUGAAUUUGUGGAAAUGUUUAAAAUGUUGUGGCUAGAUGGCCUGGUUCAACUCAUGAUAGCCACAUUUUCCAGACGUCAGCUGUAGGGGGUAACCUUGAAGGGACUGGUCUCAAAUAUGGUGUGCUACAUGGGGAUGGUGGCUAUGCUUGCUCUCCAUUCCUUGUGACACCAUACCUCAACCCUAAAACACCUCAGGAGGAGCAUUUCAACAGAGUACACAAGAUUACAUGA